AUGGAGAAUCCAGUGACCGAAAUCCGGACAGUGAUCCGCCUUCUCACUCAAUCCAACCCAUCUUUACAAGAAAAGGCUCUAGAGCGGUUCUUCGCCUCCAAUGCAUCCUUUGUACACCCCUUCUGUCGAGUACCCAGCUUUAAUGGAAGUCGCUGGUGGGUGAUCAAGAUCUUUCAAUGGUAUAAGAUCAUGUCUCCUCGGAUUGAAAUGGAGAUUCACUCUAUUGCCUUCGACGAGGAUAAGUUGAAGCUUUACGUCCACAUGUCGCAAAUCUUCUCGAUCUGGCUGGUGCCUUUCCAUGUUGCACCGGUGACUCUGACGACGAUCUUGGAUCUCACCGCGGACCCAGCUCUGACCAACGCGCCGACCAAUGGUGACCACACGCGGUACUACAUCACCAAACAGGAAGAUCUGUAUCAAACUUCCGAGUUUGUUAAGUUUCUUUUCCCUCAUGUUGGACAUUGGUUGGUCCUGGGGUGGCAUUUGAUUGCUACGUUCUUCUGCAUCGUGGGUGUGACUUUGCUCUGGCCUAUGCUGUGGAUGGAAGAGAAGGGAUAUUUGCCCACUUGGAUUUCACGGGGGAAUCUGGCAUAUGAUAUUGCGGAUAAGAUUCCUGAGAUUAAGAAGGAGUGA